AUGUCUCCUGAAGAUCUAUUAAAUCCGUCAAUACAAACUCCACACUCUCCACGAAGGCAACACUCUCCCUUUCUAGCUCGUCACGACCACCACCAGCAAGAACAACAACAACAUCAGCAGCAGGAGGCAUGUCAGCGACAUGACCCUCCUCUAUCAGUCUUUCAGCAGGGACGAAGUGGGCCAUGGUCAUCCCAUGAUGAUGAGGUGCUCGUGCAAGCGAGGACCAUGAAUAUGGCAUGGGGAGCAAUCCAUGAGAAGCAUUUUCCAACCAAAACUGCCAACGCUUGUCAUAAGCGGUAUGAGAGGUUGAUGCUAAAGCGUCGAGCAAAUGAAUGGGACGAAGACCGGACCGAGAGACUUGCCAAAGCAUAUAAAGAAAUGAGAGAGGAGAUGUGGAACCCAUUGGCAAAUAGUUUGGGAGAACGGUGGGAACACGUCGAGAAAAUUUGCAUGGAGAGAGGUCUUAGAAAUAUGCUCCAUCUAGCUUCUAUCUCUUAUGAGAACAAACCCGACCAACUCUUAGGGAACAGCCUUGGUAAGGAAAACAAGUCCCCAAAGCAUCGCGCAUGGGAAGAAGAUAUUGAUGCUGCCCCUUAUCGGAACAAACCCGACCAGCCCCUAGGGAACAGCCCUGGUAAGGAAGAAAAGUCCCCAAAGCAUCGCGUAUGGGAAGAAGACAUUGGCGCUGCCUCAGAAGAAGCAUCCUCUCGUCGACGACCUGGCCACAGCGACGAUAGAGCAAUAUCAAAUUGGCAACAGAUACCAGGACAGCCACCCCAACAGGAUUCUACGCUAAUAGACACGUCUACACUAGUCUUCAAGGGUGAAGAUGGUCAGGAACAGCGGAUGACCUUUGUGGAAGCGGCGAUGGCACCAACACCGUCUUCAGCAGAUAUCCCCCAAGAUGCCUUCGAAGAUCUGCUUGGAGCUCCAAUAUCGUGGUGGCCACUGAGGCAGCCGCGCAAAAGGUGCCCUCCCAACCACAUAAGAAUGAUGUGGACAUGUACGCACCAGGCUGUGGACUUGCCUAUACUACAGACACAUACACUCUAUCACCCGCAAGAUGGCCUCAAGCCAUUUGAGUUUGAUGUUCUAAACAAUCACUUUAGCGGUUUUCGUCACUGGAUGAGCAUGAUUUCUGCUCCAAUGGAUGCUCCAACCCUACCAACGCAUUCUUUCAGUCCUUACUAUACUAGAGCCACAUCACAGUCCCCAAAUCCAUUCCCUGGUGAUAUAAGUGCUGGUGCAAGCUCUUCAUCUGCCAGACAGCCAAGCUUAGCCGCAACGGUCUCGCAAAGGCCUUUAAGACCCGCAAAGAGCCAACAGCCUACGGACGAAUAUCUACAUUGGUGUGUGGACCCUGUCAGAGCUGGAACUAAACUAGUUGAAUUCAGUUUAAAGAGUGUUGGUCAUCUAGACCUUGUGUCCACUCUUGUAGAGGCAUAUCGAAAGGCGCGAGGCCUUCCUGGGCGAUUCUCUCUGACAACAUGCUCAGGCGCGAGACUAAUAAAGUUCAAGAAAAUAGAACCAGACCACAACAUCGUAGCUUGUAUCGCAAGAUCUAUCCCCUGCCCAACUACCAACGACAACUACUCCUAUAGCUAUCAAGCCCCGGAGCCCGAGUUCAUCCGCUUCGUAGAGGAACUACUCGCAUAUCGCCUACAGAAUCCUUCCUGCAACUGCCCUUCCAUACUCAAUUUCCUCCCGAAGAAGAUCGGUGGCAAGUUGAAGCAGCAGUUUGGAGAAGAGGGAUAUGGCUUACAUGCCGUUUCCGCCUGGUCUCUUUGGAAAGGCCUCGUCGCUUUUCUGAUCCUCUCGAUACCGCCAUUGAUCUUUGCCAUGAGUUGGCUGGUAGGCCAUCACGGUGACAUACAGAACGCGUUUAUAUUGGAGGUGCUUCUCAUAGGGGUGUUGAAUAUUUUUGUUGUGAAGGUGGAUAGCCCGAUGGUUGGACGGAAGUGA